CCAUUUUCAAUCGUUGGCUAAUUGCGUUGUCCUUGACAGGAAGCAUCGAAGAUCGUAUUUCUUAGUGUAUGAGACGAUCCUUGAUUUUUAGAAGAUCUCACUCUACGUUCUGCUUCACACUUUCGUAACACUAGUAUCAAUCCACGCUAAAGCAAAUUUAUUAACAUGAAUUAACGCGAAAUUCAAAAUUUAUUCGACAUAAAGCACUUCUGCUAACUAGUCAAAUCGGAAACUAACGAAUUAGAAUUCGUUUGAAACGUUGGUGACGACAUCUAUUGACAACUGCUCGAUUUAAACUCUUAAGACGCGAUGAUGGCGCUGCAAUCGAUUCGUAUCAAGAUGUCUACCAUGUCGUUGAUAAGUCGUGUUUUCGGUAAAUACGUCGCAGAAAUUUGUCAUACAACUGCUUCGAUAUCGUGUCAAAUACAGCCAAAGAGGAAUCAAUGGAAUCUAGUGAAAAGUGGAAAACCUGGAAUCAACGGGAAGAGCUAUAGAAGAAUUGUACAUUUCAAAAAUGAAUACACAAUCGAACCUUUAAAGGUUACGAAUUUAGGAGGCAGAGAUCCUGUUACAGGAAGACUAGUGGCCAAAGGAAUCGGUGGAGGUAUUAAACACAAAUAUCAUUGGAUUAGAUGGAUCAGGGAUGGACCCACUGAUCUCAAUGAACCUCCAAAGAAAGACAAAGUUUUGGCAAUAAUAAAAGAUGGUUGUAGAACGUCAAACGUGGCUUUGAUCGGAAGUGGCAGUCACAUGCAAUAUAUCCUCGCUACUACAAAUAUGAAAGUUGGAGAUAUAAUUCGUACUCAUAAAGGUAUCCCUCUGAAUCCAGUCAGAGCUUACGAGGGAGAUUCUUAUCCGCUUGGUGCAUUACCCAAAGGUACAAUCGUCCAUUGCGUGGAAAAGUAUCCAGGUUUAGGUGGUUCUCUUAUUCAUUCCGCCGGAACGUACGGUACAAUAUUAAAAAGAGAUGGACCUGACCGUGUAAUCGUUAAAAUGCCAAGUAAGAGGGAAUUCAGCUUACACCAAAGUUGCAUGGCAACAGUCGGUAGACUGUCAAACACCGAACAUAAUUUGAUACCGAUUGGUAGCGCCCAGAAAAAUAGAGAGCUCGGAAAUCGACCGAGAAGCGGUUUGUGGAAGAGAAAAACAAGUCAAUACGGUCGAAAAAUUAAAUCUAUACCUCCAGUACGAGCGAUUGGACCAGAUAUGAGUGGUUUAAAACAGGAGAAGCUGGAAUUAAAUUUAUCGCGUUUUAAUAUUGUCAAAAAUUAAAUUGCAUUCAAUAAAUAUCAUUGUACCGUU